CCCCCCCGCGUGCACAAGCCUUGCUUCGUGUGCAGCGACCGCAGCUCUGGGUACCACUACGGAGUGAGCUCCUGCGAGGGCUGCAAGGGGUUUUUCCGGCGGAGCAUCCAGAAGAACAUGGUGUACACGUGUCACCGGGAACGCAACUGCCAGAUUGACAAGGUCACCCGGAACCGGUGCCAGUUCUGCCGCCUCCAGAAGUGCUUCCAGGUCGGAAUGUCCAAGGAAGCUGUGCAGAAUGACCGGAACAAGAGGAAGAAGGAGGUGAAGGAGGAUUUGGGGGGGGAUGAACUGAGCCCCGAGCUGGCCGAGCUGGUGAGGAGGGUCAGCAGAGCCCACCAGGAGACCUUCCCCUCACUGGGCCAGCUGGGCAAGUACACCACGAACUCGAGUGCUGAUCACCGGGUGCAGCUGGACCUGGGGCUGUGGGACAAGUUCAGCGAAUUGGCCACCAAGUGCAUCAUCAAGAUCGUGGAGUUUGCAAAGCGGCUCCCGGGCUUCACGGGGCUCAGCAUGGCUGACCAGAUCACUCUGCUCAAGGCUGCCUGCCUUGACAUCCUGAUGCUGCGGAUCUGCACCCGCUACACACCAGAGCAGGACACAAUGACGUUCUCGGAUGGGCUGACGCUGACCCGGACCCAGAUGCACAACGCGGGAUUUGGGCCCCUCACUGACCUCGUGUUUGCCUUCGCGGGGCAGCUUCUGCCUCUGCAGCUCGAUGACACCGAGACCGGGCUGCUCAGUGCCAUCUGCCUCAUCUGUGGGGACCGGAUGGAGCUGGAGCAGCCCCGGCACGUGGAGCGGCUGCAGGAGCCGCUGCUCGAGGCCCUUCGGGUCUAUGCCCGGCGCCGGCGCCCGCGGCAGCCGCAGCGUUUCCCCCGGAUGCUGCUCAAAAUCACUGACCUGCGCGGCAUCAGCACCAAGGGGGCAGAACGAGCCAUCACCCUGCGCACGGAAAUCCCGGGACCGAUGCCCCCCCUGAUCCGGGAGAUGCUGGAGAACCCCGAAAUCUUCACCGACGUGGGGGGCCAUGGCCCACCCCCAGACCCCCCUGCCGCCCAGGACAGUCCCCCUGGCCCCCCCAAAUCGCCAUAGCCCCCGCCCAGAUCGGGGGGAUCUCCAAAGCCCCUCCCAAAUGGAAUGGGAUGUUCAGAGCUGCCUUCCAGGGCCCCCCUCUUUUACUCCUGGGAGGGGGAGCUUCCCAAAGUGCUCCCUCCCCAAAUUUGGGGAAGGGGGCAGAGACUGACAGAGCAAAGCUAUUGCCUUAAGCUGGAGGGGUCUGGGGGUGGCCCCCAAACCUCAGCUUCAUGCUAAAGCCCUCUCAGACCCCGCUGCCACCCCUCCUUGUACUGGGGAGGACGUCAGGGGAAGGAGUUUGGGGGUCCAGCUCCUCCCCCCCAAAUUAAUGCCUGACACUCCUGGGGUGCCCUUUCCACAGUUUAUUUAUUGGACACUGGGUGGAUUUGGGGGGAGGACAUACCCCCAUUCCACCCCAGGACAUCCUACUUCCCCCAUCUAGGGAGGGACCCCAUUUAUAUUUGGGGGGGGGGGCUGCUUUUGGGUUUUUUGAUGCUGUAGGGGUGGGG